AUGACGAUCAAUCCCACAUAUCUCGCGCAGAUGACGCGGUCGUCAAUCAAUUGGGCAGAUGCACGCCGAAGAGUUCUCAAGUCUUACAGAGAGUGGUUAAGAGCGACCCCCGAAAUCCAAACCAUGUACUCCCUGAACAUGCCAGUUUCCAAAAUCCGAACGAAAGUCAGACAAGAAUUCGAGAAGCAUAGAUAUGUAAACCACCUGCAGGCAGUUGAUGUGCUUCUCGCCCACAACCAUGCCGAAUUCCAAGAAACGUUGAACUUCUGGAAGCAAAGCACACACGUGAUGAAAUACUUCAGAGCGGAGGAAGAUGAAAAUGCAAGAUUACCCAAGAAUUUCGUGUCGGGUUUCUUAGAGGUACGAGUU